AUGUCUACAGUUACCGCAACGGCGCUUCAAAGCGUAUAUCCUCCCAUAAUCCCACUAUCUUUCAAUUCGAACCAGCCAAACACGAUACGACUAUAUCCCCUUUCCAAUUACACGUUCGGGGUGAAGGAGACGCAGCCAGAAGAAGACCCUUCAGUUAUAGCACGGCUGAAGCGCCUCGAGGAGCACUACAACGCCCACGGCAUGCGUCGUACCUGCGAAGGCAUCCUCGUCUGCCAUGAACACAAUCAUCCUCAUAUCCUUAUGCUCCAGAUAGCCAAUGCAUUUUUCAAGCUACCCGGUGACUACCUCCGACCAGAGGAUGACGAGAUCGAAGGAUUCAAGUCCCGAUUAGAUGAGCGAUUGGCGCCAGUGGGCAAGCUAGGCGAGGGGGAGGAGCCGGCCAACUGGCAAGUCGGAGACUGUCUCGCGCAGUGGUGGAGGCCCAACUUCGAGACCUUCAUGUAUCCGUUCAUCCCGGCCCACGUCACGCGACCAAAGGAAUGCAAAAAGCUUUAUUUCAUACAGUUGCCGAAGAGUAAGGUCCUGAGUGUACCGAAGAACAUGAAGCUGCUUGCCGUGCCGCUUUUUGAGCUUUACGACAACACCGCCCGAUAUGGACCCCAGCUAUCUGCCAUUCCCCACCUCCUAAGCCGAUAUAACUUCGAGUUCGUCAACGAAAACGGCGAGGUGGUUGCUGCCACACCUGGAGCGAGCCCCGAGGUCUUCAACCUCAAGACGAAGGUCCUCGCCGGAGGCGAUGAGGAUAUGAGAGACGUCAAGGAGGAGAAUGGCCACAACUAG